AUGCUUAAAAUUGCUGUUGCUCUAUUGUUGCUCGGCCUUGCACUUGCUGCCACGACGGCUAGACGUGGAAGUUCGGAUUCCCUCCUUUCCGACGACGAACUGAGCAGCUUCAAGGAGGAAAAGAAGGAGUUGAACAAGAGCUGCCCGAAAAACGCGGAAUGGCGUGAGUGCGGGCCGAUGUGCCCGGAGAAGGCUUGCGAGAAUGUGCUGAAGGUAUCCCCCUGCUUCUCCCUGCGCUGCGGAGGCCCAGGUUGUGCUUGCAAGGCUGGACACGUCAGGGCUAGCGACAAUGACAAGGAAGGAGACUGCACUCCCAUCUCGGCUUGCCCUCAACUGAAGACCAACCAC